CGAAACGUCAUUGACUACUCAACCUCUAUUCAAAAAUAUAAAUGUGAUGUGAUUUAUGAACUCAACAUUUUUUCGAUUUUUAUAUUCCUAUUAAUAAUAUUCAUCAUAUCCCCAGAGACAGGAUUAAUUAAUAUUGAUAACUGAACUUCUGUCAAAAUGGAUAAAAAGAAACCUAACAAAGAAGAAAAAAUAGGUUCAGAUGGUCUAACAAAAAAAGAACGAAGAGCUUUGAAAGUACAAGCUAAACAAACAGAUGAUAAUAAAGCCGAAUUGAAGAUUAAUCAGAAAAAUAAAGAGACCGCUGCAGAAGUCAAAGUUGAAGAAAAUAUUCAGCCAGCAGGAGAAGUACUGUCGAAUUGUUCAGAAAAAAAAGAUAAUAUGAGUGAAAAACAGAAAAGAAAGUUAGAAUGGGAGAAGAAACAAGCAGAGCAAGCUAAACUGACGGAUAAGACUGAUUCAAAGGAAGUUUUAAGUAAAGCUGAACUUAAGGCUAGAAGGAGAGAAAUUCAAGAGGCUCAAAGAUUGGCAAAAAUGAAACAGGAAACGGAGAAGAAUAAGAAUAAUGUUAAAACAACAGAUACCAAAAUAUCUGAUACAAAAAUAGAAGAAAAGGCAAUUUCAAAACCUUGUUCAGCACCUAAAGUUGAAGAAUGUAAAAAUGUAAAUUUUUUCAACCAUCUUCUAGCAUCUAAUAGUUUUAAACCAAUUGAAGAAGUGUACCCUCCAGUUGUACCUGAUGUUCAUCCAGCUUUCAUAAAAUUUGGAAUACUAUAUUGUACUGGUAGUUUGCCAGGUUCUAAUGAGAAAACAGUCAAGUUUUUAUCAGCUAUUGAGAGUUUAGUUCUAACUGUGAAAGUUCCACCUGGUCAAGAAUUUUGUAGGUAUAUAGAAACGGCUUUAGACAGGUCUGUAGAUUUUUUGCAGCAGCGAAAGCAUGUUACAUUUUUUAUGAUGAAUGCUUUCAAAGCAUUCAAAACGUUCUUGAUGCAAUUAGAUAAGAAUCUACCUGAUGAAGAGAAAAAAGAGAAGCUUACUGAUUUCAUUGAUACCUUCAUUCAAGAUCAAAUAAUAAAGGCGGGAAUGGCUAUAAGCUUGAAAAUAAAAGAAAAAAUUUUCAACAAUGAUGAAAUACUGGUUUUUGGUUGGUCACAUACAAUAUUCAAUAUUUUGGUCGACACAUUUAAAGAGCAGAAAAAGGACUUUUCUGUUAUAAUAGUUGAUAGCAGACCAUCCUUUGGAGGGGAAGAGAUGCUCAAAAAAAUUGCUGCUGUUGGUAUCAAACAUCAAUAUGUCAUGAUUCAUGCCUUGAGUCAUGUAAUGCCCUCUGUAACCACAGUAUUACUAGAAGCUGAUGCUCUGAUGACUAAUGGAUAUCUUGUGUCAAAAGCUGGUACGGCUCAAAUUGCAAGGAUGGCACAAUUCUACAGUAAACCUGUCCUUGUAUGUUGCGAAACAUAUAAGUUCACAGAAAAAGAACAAACUGAUGGUAUGGUAUGCAAUGAGCUUGGUAACCCAAAUUUACUCUUUGAAAAUACGAACGCGAUAAGCCCUUUGGAAAAAGAGGAGAAAAACAAACCAAUUGCCUUCAAUCUCUUGUUUGAUGUCACACCUUCAGAUUUAGUAACGGCAGUUUUCACAGAAUUGGCCAUAUUGCCAUGUUCCAGCGUACCAGCGGCAUGCAAAGCCGCAAGAAUCCUCAAUAUGUAGUUUUGAAUGCAGUUUUGACUAUUCUGAAGUGUUUCUGAGCUAAUAUAUAUAUAUAUACUGAAUGAGAUUAACAGUAAAAAUUUAUCUUCA